AUGGAGAAACUUCCUGAGAAUAUUAUAUCAGAGAUACUUUCAUGGUUGCCAGUUGAGACCAGAUUACAGUGCAAGCAUGUAUGCAUAACAUGGAAAAAGCUCCUCGAUCAUGUUAAGAUAGGUACCUUUAUCGCGUUAGGGUUUGAAGGUUAUGAAAAGCACAACAAUGCCAGAUUUUUCUACACGGAGAAAGUACACGAUGGAAUCAAUUUAGACGGUGCGGUUGAUGUCAAUAAGCAGUACCCUUGGUACGAGGUUUCUAGGUACGAGCGACAGUGUCGUAACGAUGCGAACUGGUUCAAUAAUGAUAUCAUAGUUGGUUCAUGUAACGGUUUGGUUUGUUUCGCUAUAGUAAUGCUUAACAUACAUGAUCCUGUCUUCGUCUUUAAUCCUUUCAUUCCGGAAGAAUUUAUUACUCUUCCACCGAUACGAACAUCAAUAAUGGACGAUGGUCGACUAGUUGUUAGUGGGUUUGGUUAUGCUCGUUCCACGGAUGAGUAUAAGGUUAUUAGAGUUUAUUAUUCUGAUAAUAAUGCCGAUCCAGACCUUGGACAAGUGGAGGUAUACACUAUCGGUAGUGGUUAUGGAUGGAGAAACAAAGGAGAGAUCAGUUACCGCUUAUGCGAUUCACCCGGUGUUCUUGUUGAUGGAGUUCUACAUUGGUUAGAUAUUAUAAACAGCGGAAGUUUGUUGCCUUCGAUCUAG